GUUUAGUUGGUCAGAACGCUCGCACAAACACGCUCGUCAUGGGAGAAGAUGGAUUGUAAGAAAAAGUUGAACUCGACUCGCGCACCGAAGCGGCUCCGCGGCGCACAGAGCGAACUUUGAGCGGCUCCAAAACUUCCGCCCGCGACCCGGUUCAUGGAGUGCGGAGAGGCUCGUCUGCACGUCGCGCUCCCCCCCGCGGUGCCAGUCCGCUCCUAGUCUACGGGACACCCCCCCCCCCCACUCCAGGGCAAAGUUUUCCUCGGACCCCAUAAAAGAGCCUCGGGCGGUUGGGAAGUGAAAGCAAGACGCGGCGGAAAGGUUGUGACGCAGAUCGAAGAGCGGAAUGGAGACUUCAGCUCCAACGGCCACUGAGAAGAAGGAGUGUAAGGGUUCAGGCCUUGAUGGGAGCAGCUUCUCAGAAAUGCCAAAGAAGCCCUCGCCCACCACUCUGACCAGAGGUCCCCACCACCUCUUCCCCACGUUCCACACGCCCAUACCCAUCGACAUGAGACACCACGAAGGGCGAUACCAUUACGAGCCACACCCACUCCACGCCAUGCAUGGACCUCCAGGAUUGACAGGCAGUCCAGUCAUCUCAGACAUUUCCCUGAUCCGUCUGUCUCCCCACGUGGCGCCCGGGACGGGUGAGUCCCCGUUCAGCCCUCCACAUCAUUACGUCAGCCCCCACAUGGAGCACUACCUUCGCUCGGUACACGGGAGCCCCACCCUCUCCAUGAUCUCGGCGGCCCGGGGACUGAGCCCUGCUGAAGUGACCCACGAACACCUGAAAGAACGCGCCCUCUUUAAUCUCCCUCCUCCACCACCAGGGGCCAACCCCACAGACUACUACCACCUGAUGGCCAGUGCCAGCCAGCGAAGCCCCUACGGGGACCUGCUCAUACAGAGCAGUGCGGCAGCGGCAGCGGCGGCGGCUGCGGCUGCUCAUCUGCCAGAGUACAUCAGCCCCAUGGACGUUUCACGUUUCUCCAGCCCCCGGCUGACCCCCCGGCUGAGCAGGAAGAGGGCGCUGUCCAUCUCGCCGUUGUCAGAUGCGAGCAUUGACCUGCAGACCAUGAUCCGCACCUCACCCAACUCCCUGGUGGCCUACAUCAACAACUCGCGCUCCAGCUCGGCCGCCAGCAGCUCGUACGGGCACCUUUCAGUCGGAGGGAUCAGUCCGUCGUUCAGCUUCCCUCAUCCCAUCAACCCUGUGGCGUACCAGCAGCUGCUGUCCCAUCAGAGAAGCCUCAACGCCUUUGGCCACACACCUCCUCUCAUUCAUCCAUCGCCUUCCUCUUUCUCUGCUCGCCAACACCCUCUCGCUGCUUCACCUAUGACCACCUCCCACAACACCUCCAGCUCUGAAGCAAACCAGAAUGCCAGUGGAGACCCAGCAGUGAGUAGCACAGUGAACCCAUUGAGCACCAAGAGGUCAAAGGUUAAGACGGAGGCAGAGGGUCCACUGCCUAUCUCCCCAUCCUCUCAGGACCACUGUGGGGGGAUCUUGGACCUGAGUGAGGAUCUGGAUAAAGAUGAGUGCAAACAGGAGCCUGAGGCCAUAUACGUGACCGACUGCCACUGGGAGGGCUGUAGCAAGGAGUACGACACCCAGGACCAGCUCGUUCAUCACAUCAACAAUGAUCACAUCCACGGGGAGAAGAAGGAGUUUGUGUGCCGCUGGGAGGAGUGUUCACGGGAGCAGAAGCCCUUCAAGGCUCAGUACAUGCUGGUGGUCCACAUGAGGCGUCACACGGGGGAGAAGCCGCAUAAAUGCACCUUUGAGGGCUGCGCCAAAGCUUACUCCCGCCUGGAGAACCUUAAGACCCACCUCAGGUCUCACACGGGGGAGAAGCCGUAUGUGUGUGAACACGAAGGGUGCAAUAAGGCCUUCUCCAACGCCUCGGACCGGGCCAAGCACCAGAACCGCACACACUCCAAUGAGAAACCAUACGUGUGUAAGAUCCCGGGCUGCACCAAGCGCUACACGGACCCCAGCUCUCUCAGGAAGCACGUCAAGACAGUCCACGGACCCGAUGCCCAUGUCACCAAGAAACAACGAAGCGAUGCACCUCCGAGGCCACAGCCGCCCAGAGGCGACGGGGAGAACGGAGCCAAUUCCAAGAUCGCAGACGGGAGGGUGGAGGCAAACAGCACCUCUAGAGGAGUGGAAGACUGUCUACAAGUCAAAUCCAUCAAGACCGAGAACUCUAUGACGUAUCAGUCCAGUCCUGGUGGCCACUCGUCAUGUAGCAGUGAGCCGUCGCCGCUCAGCAGCGCCAACAACAACGACAGUGGAGUAGAGAUGGCCCUGCACAGCGGGGGCAGCUUCGGGGACCUCAGCGCACUGGAUGAUUGCCCCAUGGUUGACUCCACCGUUUCCGCUGGGGGACAGCAGGCUGGGGUGGGGCUUCAGUUGAGAAAAGCUGUGGGUCAUGUUGGCACGGUCACCAUCAAGCUGGAGAACAUCAAGAAGGAAAGGCUGAAGACAGUGAGGGACUCCUGCCCCUGGGUCAACUCUGCCCCCCAACCACCGCAGGGCCAACGCAGCAGCAUGAAGCUGCCUCCCAUACCUGCAGUCGGUUCCCUGCUGGAGAGCUCAAACAUGAUUAGUAACUUAAGUGGUUCGUACCCUGGUCAACGCAUUGGUGACCUGUCUUCAUCUGAAAUAACACUACUGAACCAGCUGAAUGAGCGCCGUGACAGCACCACCAGCACCAUGAGCUCAGCUUACACCAUGAGUCGGCGCUCCUCCGGUAUUUCACCCUGCUACUCCAGCCGCCGCUCCAGUGAGGCGUCCCAGUUUGGGACUAACCGUCACAACAAUAUUAGUUCGGCUGACUCCUAUGACCCAAUCUCCACUGAUCUGUCUCGGCGCUCCAGCGAGGCUAGCCACUGUGGAGGUGGUGGUGUCGGUGGAGGAGGUCUACCCAGCGUCCUUAGUCUGACACCAGCGCAGCAUUAUCGACUUAAAGCAAAGUAUGCUGCUGCCAUUGGUGGAGCUCCACCUACUCCUCUCCCCAAUAUGGAUCGAAUGAGCCUAAGGACCCGCAUGGCACUCUACGGUGACCCCCAGGAAGGCACGCUGCACCCAUUCCAUCAGCCAGAUUUUGGAACUGUGCCUCGGCGAUGCAGUGAUAUAGGAUAUGGCACUCGGAGCAUGAUGCCCCAUGAAGUACCCACCAGUCUUCCACGUCGUGCCAGUGAUCCAGUGCGUCGUCCCACUCUGGACCCUCUGUCCUUUCCAAGGGUUCAGCGCUAUAACAGUAUGAACAGCAUGAACCCUGUGAAUGGUCCACCAGCUGAACGCCACCAAGCACUGACUAUGCAGGGCUACACUCGCUCUGAUGGCAGCCUGCAACGCUACCCAUUUGCCCCCAGACCUCCAAGCAUUUCUGAGAAUGUAGCCAUGGAAAACAUGGCUGUGGAUGGCAUGAUAAUUGGGGGGGAGCAGGGUGGAGAGGAUGACAUGGUGCUUCCAGAUGAUGUUGUGCAGUAUCUUAGGUCCCAGAAUUCUGGGCCUUCAGGUCACAACUUGGGUCAAGGGGAUUUCCAUUCGAACAAUCUGACUAAGGGCUAUCAGACAGGCAUGACCUCAUCAGCAUCAUUUUAUGCUCAGAGGAGAAUGGCCAUGGCGGAUGCCAACAUGACUCAGUCUGGUCAGGACAUGCAAUCCCAGCAGAUGGGUCCUGGUAGCUCCCAUCAGCCCUUCUCCGCACCACCAGGCAAUGUGAACAAGAAUAACAUGCCGGUGCAAUGGAACGAGGUGAGCUCAGGCACUGUGGAUACCACAAAAAAGCUCUCCAAACAACAUCAGCAUCCUUUAAGAGGAAACCUGGCUGUUGUUCAGCCAAGACAUAAUUUGGGAUCCUUCCAGGGACAAGGUCAGGGCCUGGGCAGCAAUCAACAGGUAGUGCCUAUGAGUCAGAACAUGUCAAUACAGGGGUAUGCAAACCACAAUAGCCAGAGGAUGAUGAGCAUCCCCCCCCAGCAGCAUCAGCAACUGAGGCAAUGCAACCCUGUAAACAUGAGUGAGCAAAUGAGUCCUCAGCAAGGGUUUGGCCAGGAGAUAAUCCCAAAUUCUAUAUCUGGGAGCACUAGCGUGAGACCUACCCGGAACAAUAUGGCAGUUACAGAAGUGCACAGUUACAGAGCAAGGACACAGGUGGAUGGGUAUUGUCAUGUGAACCAAGUGGAUCAGCAGCAAAAUUACAGUGUUGUCUCUCAACAGCACAAUAUCCAUAAUGGAGGCAGAGGAAUGUUACAACCGAGGCCUCCCAUAGAGCCCAAGGCCAUUGCCAGGCAACAGACUGGGUCUAGCAUGAUGCAACCAAACCGAAUACCCAAGUCAUCCGAUUUGAACCCCAGUUUUGGUACUGACACAUCAGAGGCGAGCCCAAAGAGGCCCACAGGCUCAUCAGCCCACAACUGCAACUCUGCAAAUCCAAACUCUGCUAUGCUCUACUCGGGUCAGGUUCAUAUGUUUGCGCCCACUUCAGUCAGCUUUGAUGCCUCCAUGCCCCCCAGUGCUAGUCAUGCUCCAGCCAGCAACACCACUGCUGCAGACCACAUGGCCUCACCCGGAGUCAACCACGUCUCCAGCAGUACUGUGGAUUCUUCCACAAAUGCAGCAGCUGGCACGGAGCAUGCCCAGAUUGACUUCGACACCCUGCUAGAUGAUGGGGACCACUCCAGCCUAAUGUCGGGCACACUGAGUCCUGGCCUCCUGCAGAGCCUCUCACAGAGUUCCUCCCGUCUCACCACCCCUCGUAACUCUGUCACCCUCACGUCCGUACCAGCAGGGAUUGGCAACAUGGCCAUUGGUGACAUGAACUCUAUGCUCACAGCCUUGGCUGAAGAAAACAAGUUUCUCAAUCUGAUAAGCUGAGAGCAAUUCAACAGCUUCUCAUCCAUCCAGUCUUAACUCUUUCUACAUCCCGAAUAUAUGGACGACACAAAGCACUGAUUGAAUAUUGCAAUGCUGGCUAUUUCCGAAAUGCUUUUCUCCAUUGUCCAUAGUAAUAUGCUUGUCUUGUAAUAUUUCCUUCCGAUUAUGAUAUUUUACUUUGAAAAAAUAAUAGUAGGUAUAGCAAGGCUUUAGUACAAUAUAUAUAAUUAUGUGUUUAAAAUCCAUUCAUUUUAACUACAACUAUUUUGGUACCUAACAAACAGUUGCCCUUCAGUAUCUGUUGCUGUAAUAGUGUUGUACUGAAAGCAGUUCAUGAAAAUAGAGUUGCCAGUAAAUGGACAUGCAGACAGUGAAUUUGAGGAUGUGUAUAGAUUAUACUGGAUUGUACUUAAGUUUUUCUAUCAAGUUUUUAUGCUUAAACUAGGGCUGUCAAAAGUAAAGUAUCAUAUGGACCUCUACUAUGAAAUCAGAAUGGAUAAUUAAUGUAUUUUGAACUAGAUUUUCUUUUGAACCUUUUUUUGCAAACCAUGUGGAUUACAGAGGAGUAGUGUCACCAGGCUGAGCUAUUGUUAUAAUAAAUGAGGGAAGUGAAGAGUUUUUUGCAGUGGUAACUAGACAUCCUUACUGUGAGAAACUGAUAUGAAAGUUAAUUGAAGAGUUGAAUUUUUAUGCGACAAGGUUUACAACUCUAUCAAUUUGUAUAAUCUUUUCCGCAAAGACAUUAUCAAAGAUCCAAAGGUUCUUAAAGGAGACAUUACGUGCUCAUUUUAGGACGUUCAGAUGCUUUGAUGCUAAAGCAUAUCCUUUGUUUUGUAUUGUCUGUGAAUAUCUGUGUAUUCACCUUCUGGAUGAAACAUUUCCUUUGAAGCGUCUGUCUCUUUAAGACCCCCCUCCUAAACAAGACCAGUCUUAGGUCCAACGUUAUAUUGGUCCUAGUUGGGAAAAAGGUCCGUUUCCAAAGGAUUUGCGCAAACCCACAGCAUUUUCCCAAUUCUUGCUGGAAAAUGGUCUUCAUAUAUGGAAUGAAUCCAUUUGGUUCUCGUGCCUUCAAAGCCUGGGACGUUAUGUAGACAACUGUUCAGCCGACUACAGCACAUUUUGAGGGUUUUGAGGGGUGUUUCGGCGUGUUGGGGGGGAUGUGUUGGGUGGCGGGAUGUCAGCAAACUCUGAAACAUCCAAACAGGUUGUAUUAAUUACUAUUAAUUCAUUACAGGAGUCAUACAAAAACAUUGUUUUUUCCAGUUCUGGGGGGUUGGUCGUCAUGCCAGACAACCACAGUGUAAUUUUUUUAUAAUAUGUCCCCUUUAAAGCGAUGAGGUUAAUAAACAGUCAGCACCCAGAAAAUAUAAAUGUACAAAUUCAUACAUAAAUACUUGUAUUCAUGCUUAAUUCAAUCUUGCGGCAUUACAAACAAGCAAAGAAGGGACACUAAAGUGACCUGUCUUGUGCACAACCUAUUUUUUUUAUUGUUGAGUUUCAACUACUCAUAAUAAAGAUUGGAUGGGAUUCUG